AUGUUCAAGGGCGUCAAGACGACCAUUGAACCGCGCAAAUCGACCAACCCGACGAAAACCGCCUCGCCGUCCAAGGCUGCUGCUGCUGCUGCGACUGCGUCGACUGCCAAACGCGAGUCAUCGAGCGCUGCUUCAUCACCGGCGCGACCCACUUCGAGCGAACGCAAGCCGCCCGCUGCGACAUCGAGUCCCAACCCGAAGCCGUCGCCUCAGUCCCGCACCUCGCCGCGUCGACAGCCCUCGUUAUCUGCGAGCACGAGUGUCGAAGUCACUCCAUUCAAGCGCCGCUUGGUCGUGGAUGACGCGGACGAAGACGAGCCAGUUCAGAGAGCGAAUGCAGUACCGCCAGUCACAUCGGCAUAUUUUGAAACUAAAAAGCCCAGAAUCGAAGAGCAGCCCGUUCCUGAACGCAAGUCCACCAAGCUGCUUCGAGUGUCUGGUUUCGAUGACGCUCUUGAAAUUGUCGACAAGAAUCCGCCACCACCGACCCGCAUGAUUGAGGACGACUUUGCCCCGGCUGCUGCUCGUCGAUCCGUGCCUCCGCCUGCUGCAGUUGCCAAACCAGCGACUGCCAAGCCCAGCGACCAGUCCAGCAGCAAGAGCACCGGUGUGGUGGAUGUCGAUGCCGAACCUUCGUCGAGCAGUAGCAAGAGCGGCGAGUGGCAACCGUACAAAAAGUCUGCGUACGGACGGUCUGCUGCGGCGCCCCAUAAACCUGCUGCUGCUGCUGCUGCUGCUGCUGCUCCUGCCUCCCCUGCGAAAAAGACCACUCCUGCCUCUCCUGCAAAGAGGGCUGCCGCAUCACCGCAGAAAAAGCGGGACGACCACAAGGCUGGUAGCGCCACAGACGAGGAAGACACGCGCUCGGACGCAGAAAAGGAACGCGACAGGCGAGCUCACUACAUGAAGAUGCUGAAUCGCACUGGCCCGACCGCCAUUGGCACCAAGGAAAUCCCAACGGGUGCGACAAACUGCCUCGAGGGGCUGACGUUUGUGGUCACCGGUAUUUUUGAUGCCAUCGAUCGCACAGAUCUCGAGAAUCUCAUCAAGGCCCACGGCGGCAAGGUCACUGGUGCCGUCAGCAAAAAGACAACCUACUUGGUCGCAGGCCGCGACUGCGGCAUUUCCAAAACGCGCACUGCAAAGGAAGUUGGCACCAAGAUUGUCGACGAUGACGCCGUGUUUGAUUUGAUUCGGACGCUGCCCGCCAAAAACACGGUCGAGACGUCGAGCAUGAUGGCAGCCGCUGCCAAGCAGGCAAAGAAGAUGGCGGCAAGCGAAGCUGCAGCGCCCAAGGCCAGCGCCUCUUCGUCUUCGGCGUUCGCGUCAUCGUCGUCCUCCUCGUCCUCCUCCUCGCGCCAUGUGCCCGCAUCUUCGGCUGCUUCAACCUCCAGUGCCGCCUCUGCGACUGCUGGCUCGGAUGGACGGCCUGCGGCGUCGCUGUUGGCUGAAAAGUACCGCCCGACCGCCACAAAGGAGAUUUUCGGAAACAAGCUCAACGUCGAGCGUCUCAAGAAUUGGUUGAUGGCUUGGGAGAGCAACAACCUCGAUCCUGUUGCGCGUGCUGCCAACAAGGAGCAGCUCAAGGAAGCGAAAAAGGGCUUUAAAAAGUCCAAAGCGGAAGCGGACGGGAGUGAAUUCAAGGCCGCGUUGCUGUCUGGACCGCCUGGCAUCGGCAAAACGACCGCCGCGCACAUUGUGGCACGCGAGUGCGGCUUUGAGCCCAUCGAGUUCAACGCAAGUGAUGUGCGUUCCAAAAAGGCGCUGCGCUCGGUUGUCAGCGAGUCGAUGGGUUCGCAUUCCAUGGCAGAGUACUUUGGAGGGCGGCCGAAAAGCUCGCAGGCCAGUGCCAAUGGCGGCGAGCGCCAAGUCAAGCACGUGCUCAUCAUGGACGAGGUGGACGGCAUGUCGUCCGGUGACUUGGGCGGCGUGGGCGAGCUCAACCUUCUCAUCCGCUCGGCCAUGGUGCCAGUCAUUUGCAUCUGCAACGAUCGCUUCAAUCGCAAGCUGCGAACUCUCGGCGAGAACUGCUACGACCUCAAGUUUGAUCGCCCCACUCCUCUUCAAAUCACCGGACGCCUGCUCUCUGUCGCUGCGCGAGAGGGCAUCCAACUCGACCCCGCAGCUGCGUCGCACCUGGCCCAAGCGACAAACAGCGACAUUCGCCAAUGCUUGAAUCUCUUGUCUCUCUGGCGGCGCAACGGCAACGUCAAGAUCUCUGGCGCAUCAGCCAUGGAGGAGAUGAAGAAUGCCACCAAGGACAUGACGGUGAACACGUUUGACGCUGCUCGCCAGCUGCUCUCGGCACCUCCUGCCGCAGCGCCGUCCGCCAAUGGAGCCAAGCUGGACCCUCUCUACGAUCUUUUCUUUGUCGACCACGAGCUGAUGCCGCUGUUUGUGCAGAGCAAUUAUCUCGGCAUUACGCCACAAAAGUCGCGUGGUGAUCCUGUUCGAGAACUCGACCUCAUGGCUGAAGCAGCCGAUAGCAUUAGCCAGUCCGAUCUCGUUGGAACGGCCAUCCGCAAAAAGCAACUUUGGGCACUUUUGCAAGCCUUUGGAACGUUUUCGUCGGUUGUUCCAGCACGCCUGGUUCAAGGCGGCAUUCCUCCUUUCGGCCAGUUCACAUUCCCCACCUAUCUCGGCAAAACAUCGCGCAUUAACGGACAAUUACGUGCCCUGAGCUCGAUUCAGGCGCACAUGCGCUUGUCUGCUUCUGGUGAUCGAACCGCCACCGUGCUGCACUACGCCCCAGUCCUCUUGGACUCUUUGACUUCUCCGCUGGCCGUCCGAGAGCAGGACGCCAUUCCGGAAGUCAUUUCGCGCAUGGAGACGUACUGCUUGAGUCGCGACAAUCGCGAUGUGCUGAGCGAGAUUGUCGAAUUCAACUUGCCCGGACGCGCCCGUCCGACCAUCAAGACGGCCGUCAAGUCAGCCUUCACCUUGCGCUUCAACAAGGUCGCAAAGCCAAACCCAUUCCUUGCGGCCGAAGCGCAGUACGCGUCCGCCAAAGGUCGGAGCGCAAUGGCCGCUGACGACGACGUCGAAUUUAUUGGCUCGGAAAGUGGAUCUGCGCCGUCGUCCCUGGUCGAGGACGACGAACCGGAGGAGGCCAAACCCGAGGACAACUCGGUCGACGUCAUGUUCAAGAAGAAGGCUUCUGGUGGCAAAGGUGCUGCAGCAGCGUCGCGGAAGCCAGCGUCGGCGUCGAAAGCAAAAGCAAGGUGA